CGUAGCGACCAUUGCACAAACACAGGACUUCAUGCUCGCUUUACGAAGGACAAUUUCCCCGUGUCACCGCCUCUUCUGGUCGAGAAAUUGCCAUGAAUAAGAAGGGAAUACGCAAAGUGCCCAUCGGUCGUUCAGUCAUCCCACCCCCCCCAGAGAAGGACGGCCGGGUACACUGGGGUCAUGACGAUGUGCUCAGCCUCAUCAACAAGGUCAAGGACCACUGGCCACAGUUCUGCAAUGGGGUGCGGAAGAAAAAGUACAUUUGGAAAGACAUCGCAGCACAGGUGACCCAUGACGGCUUUCCUGUCACAGGGGAUGACUGCGACAGGAAAUGGAGGAAUCUGAAGAUCCGAUACCUGGCUGUACUGGAUAGGCAGAUGUCUGGCGAGAAGACGGGACACAGAAUUGACUAUUUCGACAACAUGCAUGAAUUUCUCAAAGACGAUGCUGAUACUCAGGCCUAUUUUGAAAAUAGACGUGCACAGCAUACUAUACAUGAAUUCAAGACUCACAAUGAUACAGAAGAUGAGGAUUUUUCUGACAUAACUUCAGAUGGUCCAAUGGAGUGGAGUGAUGCUGCUGUGCAGAUGCUGCUUGAUCUUUUACUGGAAUUUAGAGAUUGGUUCACUGACAGAGAAACAGACCGUGAUGAUAACACAAUCUGGGAGACUGUUUCAGAACAAAUGAAACUAGAGGGACACCAAGCAGGAGCACUGCAGUGCAAGCGGAAAUGGGCGAAUUUGGCUCAGGGGUUCCAGCAUCACAAGGCAGCAGUAGAGGCAACUGGAACGCUGCCCUUGUGGCCUUUCUAUACGAGAGUCAGACAUGUGAUGAAGGUUGUGGGCAUGCCAAUACCAGCGGACUUAGAUGGGCCAAAUUCACUGAAGCGGCGUGGGAAAAUGUUGCGCAGCAGUCCAAAAAAGAAGAAGCAGAGAUUCUUCAAGCAAGAAGUGGAAGACAUAGAUGAUGAAUACACAGAUGAACCAAGCGAGGAGAUGCUUGAGAUGAGAGAACCCCCUGUCACCGCUUCAAUGGCUAGUGGGUCCGCCAGGUCACCCAACCUUCUGGACGGUGCUGUUACACCAGGGGAGCUACAGGAGGUUUGUCUCAGACUAGAGCGCCUGGAAGAAAACCUUGCCAUAAGCAGAAGACUUGAACGCCUGGAAGCCCGCCUUGAUGAUGCAGCGCAACAGCGUGAGGCGCAACACCAAACAAAUGCUCUGCUAUCCCAAGUCUUGUCAGAAAUUAGUCGAUUAAGCCGUACCUUAACGAACCGCUUCAGCAGUCAGGCGACAGUACAAGAAUCCACGGACUUAGGGUCGGGAAUCACCAUUGUUGUGCCACACUCACAACACCUUGAAUGAUAGUGGAAUUUUGAGAGAUAAUUUGUACAUAACUAGCGCAUACCCAGAUUGUGAUAUAUUUGUAUUUUCAUUCUAGAAAGAUUAUACAUUUGGUAUUUUUUAUCAGACUUGUUCUUCAUAUAUCUUUGCAGAUUUAUUCCUAUUCUUUGACAUAUAUGUACUCCAAAUCGAUUGGUGAUAAAGAGUUUAAUAAAACAUCAAAAGUUUUAUAAACAUUUCCAUGUACCAUGAAUUUUGUUUAUCCCCAAAAUCGUACUCUGAUUAUGGUGAUAAUUCUAUGAUAUCUGAUGUUCCUAUAAACUGUGAUUGUAUGUAGGAUUUCUUUUUUCGUAUGUAAUAAUGAAGUGGAUGUUAAUUCUACAGUGAUAUUUGAAUUUCUGUCCAAGGAGAAAUACAGACUAUUGAGAUAUCAGGCAUAUUGUUGUGUAAUGCCAAAAAUAUUUUAAGAUCAUGAAUGUGUAAGAAUAUGUACAUGUACUUGUCCAAAUGUUUAUGUAUAUACAUGUGUGUGUGUAUGUGUGAUUGGUAUAUACUGUGUGUAUAGAUGCCCGUAUGGGUGUAUAUGAAGAUUUGUACUGAUGCAAAUGUGUUUGUUAAGAAGGCUAUGCAGGAAUAAAUCACAUGUCAUUUACAUGUAUACAUUCAUUGGAUAGUUGUCAUAUGAAAGACCUUACUUUAAUUACUUUAAUUAAAAAUUUUCAGAUACCUGAGGAUACACAUCUUUGUGUCUCUGAAGAAGACAGCUCUUGGCCUUCCUAUUACUUAGUUAUUAGGAAAUAUUUUGUACAUUGUUUUCCAUUGAUGUUUCAUUUCUAUAUCACAAGGGCAUUUAAUAUUUUUUGCUGUUUUCUAGAAUUUUGAAGAUAAUUUGGUUUGUGUGUGUCUUCGGGGAAUAUUUUAUGCUAUAUAUUUUUCUCUUUGUAUCUUUUUAUAAUGUACUUUCAUACUAAGAAUAACUACUGUUUCAGUUUUUGUUCAUCAGUCCAAAGCAGGAAAAUACUUUACAUUUUAUUUGUUUACAAAGACCUAUAAUUUUAAUAAUGUCAAUUUAUUUAUUGAAUUUUUUUGCUGUAUCAACAUCUAAGGUCAUUAGUGUUGUACUCAAAAUAUAGUGACAGGGUGAGGCUUGGAGAAGCCCCCAGGUAAGGAAAGGUCAUACAGCAUUAUGACAAAGCAUUGUGGCGAAAAGCUUAAAAACAUAGAGCACUGUAGGUUAGUAUGGUAGUGAAAAAUGAAACCAAGUAUGAAGGCCAUUUAAGACUGACUGUGCAAUUCUCACACUUUAGGAUGUAGAGACAAGAAGGGGAUGAAGAAAAGGAAAAGGAAGAGGAGAGAAGGAAAGACUAUGCAAACUUGAGGCGAGGGCUAAGGCCCAAGGCAGGGAAAAUCCAAAGCAUUAGGUCCCAGUUUCUAUCUCAUAAUUUUGCAUGCUUUUUUCUUCUCUUCAUCCCUUUCUUGUGUGUGCAUCCCAAAGUGUGAGAGCUGUGCUGAAAGGAUGAAAGGCUGGCUUUGAGUCAGUGCUUGAAUGGCCUUGGUACUCCAUUUGCUCUUCCCUCUUUACCCUUUUCAUUACUAUACUAAUCUAUAGCACCCUAAAACCUUUGACAUUUUACACAUUUUGUUCUAAUUAUCAAUCAUUUUUUUGCCACAAUACUUUGUCAGAAUGCUGUAGGGCCUUUCCUUACCUGGUGGCUUUGCCCCUAAGCUUUGCCCUAUUGCUAUAUUUUGUAUAUGCUGCUAAUGACCUUAGAUUUUGACUUGGCAGAAAAAUUUUAAUAAAUAAAAUAAGGAGCUGUCCCACAGCAACAAUUGGCAUGGGCUAAGAGGGGGGGGGGUUAUGUAUACAAUUCAAAAUGCAGCUUUUCAAGUCUUCUUUAAUAUUUCAUAUUUUGUUUGACUGUUUACUUUACUUGUUUUUUUCCUGUAAAUUCUUUUAUGUUGACUUUUUA